AUGGGCAGAGUCACGCAGCUUAUCUUACUAGUAAACAAGGUAUUUGUAUGGGUCCUGUUUGUGCUUGUUCUGCAAAUAAACGAGAUUCGAAAUAGGAAACUUAUAAAAUUUCUUUGUUCUAUGCCAUUGUGUACAUUGCGCAAGGUCACAGUGUUAAUUAUUUUGUGUUGCUAUUGUUUUACCAUGCAUAUGCAUUAUCUUAAACAGGUUGAUGCGUAUAUAGGGGAUGUGUGUGAAGUGUUUGUUUUCGCUACUGUAUGGUGCACACACUAUUUAAGCACUUACAACGAAUUGUGAUAUUUUUAUAGCCAUGUUUAGGAAAAUUCGAACUUUUCUAGUCUCCCAAAAUUCGUACAGAACGCCGAUUUCGAUUAUAGGUAUAAUAGUUUGAAAUUUUAGGUCUUCUUAUACCUUGUCACUUUUAUAGUUAUUUAUAAAUUUUUUCUGUGUUUUAGUUAUAUCAACAAUUGUCACCACUCAUCAAUGCUGUAUUUUGUUAAUUUAGAACUUGAACGGUCCCCUGUAAGAGUUCAUGACUACCAACUGUCAUCAACUCUGAUCUUCGUUUGAUACGUAUUAUUGAACUAUUAUAUUGAACUAUUUAAUAACUUCUUAUUAACCAAACGCGAGGUCUGUACAGGCGAGGUCUUUUUUGUCCGAACACGAACCCAUAGGGCGAGGUUUGUACAAAAAGACCGAAGUCCGAUAUUUCUCUGUACAUACCGAGCAAGAGAGGUUAAUAAAAAGUUUAUUAUAUGGCAUUUAUAGGCAUUUAGGGAAAGUACAUUUAUUAUGCCGAGGGGGGGAUGAAGAUGUUAAGGGGGGGCUCCGAAAUAUUUUCUGGCAUUAAAGGGGGGGCUCUGAAAGUUCUUGAUAUACUGAAGGGGGGGCUCUAAACUUUUCAAAGGUUUGACCCCAGCAAAUUAAAGUUAAAAUUUUUACAUUUUCAGGUAAAAUUUGUAAUAAAGUAAUUAUUUUUGUGAAAUGAUAACCAUUUUUGUAAAAUACAGUCAAUUUACAUGCAAGUUGUUUGCAAAAUUUGCUUUAGAAAACACCAGAAAUUCAGUCCUAGAGCUUCAAAAAUGUAAAAAAUUUUUGGGGGGAGGACCCCCAGACCCCCCGUUUCUCCCAAAACUUAGUAUGAGAGUGCCAAUCAAUCACAAAAAGCUUUAUUAUAAUUAUUACACGUAUAAUCCUCUGACAUCCCCCCCCCCCCCAAACGUCAGAUGCUUUGCUACGUCCCUGAUGGUUGUAUUCGAAACCGAUUUCAGUUUUAAGAUAUCCUUAGUCUGCUCUUUUAAAUGGAUACAUGAAAUCACCUAUAGCUUAUUUUAAAUUUUUUGGCGCCAGGUUUGUGAAAUAAUUUACGCGCCAAAAAGUAGCAGUUCCAAAAACAAAAAAGCAUAUAUACGAUUUGCAAGAAUGAUAUGUUCUAUGUUUAUGGAAUAUUUCGUACAAACGGGAUGGAAAUUAAAGAAAUUGAAGCAUACUGGCCACUUUUGCAUGCAUUUUUGACAGGCAUACAAAGACAUUUGCAACAGAUGCCGGGAGAUACGUUGGGUGGGGGCGACAUACUGUAAGGUUCCAGCACAUUACCCUGAUCCAGGAAAUCCUGACCACUAUAUGAACGUGUUCAAGACUCCGAAUACGCUGAAUGAUGGACAACAACAACCUGUUGAUAAUUUCACCCCUAGAGCCAAUUUAAAAUGUUUUAAAGACGGUGCCAUUUCAUCUGGCGCUAGUGAGGUGAAAGCAGCAGAUCGGUAGUUUUGUUGAGGAGAAGCACAUGCUUGAGUAUAUCAGACAUCUUGAGGAACUGCAAAUUGUAUCUAUGAUAAGAGAGAAUUCCGGAUUGUACUCCUUCGAUUCCAAAUUCUAGAGGGGGGGGGGCAUUGAAAAUUUUAAAAACUUGGAGGGGGGGCAUCGAAAUUUAUCGAUAACCUCAACAGGGGCCCUGUAAAAAUAUGAGCUUUUUUCAAGACAUCUUCAUCCCCCUCCCUCGGUGUAAUAAAUGUACUUUCCCUAAUGCGGAUAUCUUUCUUUCAACUAUCCGACAUAGCUGAAAUCUGGCUGGAUGUCAAAGAUGUCUAUCUGGUGCAGCCCUAGAAAUGACCAAAUGCCAGGUGAACGUCAAUUGUGACCAAUUGUUUUAUCUGGCAACCAGGUAUUUCCUAAAGGUAGCCCUCAUUGUGACUGAGAAAAAAGUUUAAAAAAGACAAGUGUAUAACUUUAAUAAAAAUAUUGACUUAUGCUAAUGAGGUUUUGGGGUAAUUAGUUAGGAUUAUCUACAAAUUUUACUUGGACUGUAGACAAAUUGGCACAGGAGGGCAUGUUCUGAAAGGGAAAAGCUGGCAUUGUAUAACAGACCCUGAGACACAUGUGCAGCAAGCUAGAACUGGUUGAAUUUAAAUGUGCUUCAGUUACUUCAUAUUGUAUGUCAUUGCAACUUUAGAGUUGUGUGUUAAUUAUUUCCUUGCCGCUACCAUGAGAAUGAAAUUAUUAUGCAUUAGGGAUGCACCUGAUAGAACAUUUUACUAUCCAGCCGAAUACCAUAUAUGCCGAACGGAUGGAAAAUAUCCUACCAGAUUAUCUGGCCAAAUACUGGAUAUAGAGUGAUUAUAAAAUAUAUGUAGGAUAUAUAAAAUAAGAUAUAAACUUUAAAAAUGUUGGAAGCGAAACCAGGAUUCUCUGGUUAAAAAGAUUUAUUUAUUACAAGCGUUCGACUGCCAGUCUGCAGACAGAGACCCGUCAAAGACUGCAGACUGGCAGUCGAAAGCUUGUAAUAAAUAAAUCUUUUAACCAGAGAACGUUUACACAAUUAAGAUAUAAACUGUGUAUAAAGUGAUGCUUUUUAUAAUAUAUUGAUUUGAAAUGAUACAAAAGAACUUCACAGUGAAUUAAACUUAAAGUGCCCAAAUAUACAUGUACUAUGUUUAUUAUUUACUGUGACUAAAAAUGUUAAUCCCAGAAAAGUUUACUCCUCUGGUUAAUUGGUUUUAAACGGUCUCUCUGCCAAUGUGCCUUGUUUAAAUCAUACUAUGCCCUAAACCACUCGACUUGCCCUAAAAAGUGUUACUUGUUGAUAGUUUAGCCAGAUUUUCCACCCAAAUCUCAAAUAUUUACUCUGACAUGUCACCAACAAAAAAUUAGAUUGGGUUUGUUCUAUAAGUUGUUUGAUACUUUCUCAUAAACCCACAAAAGGUACAGGGCACUCUUUAUAAUAAUCUCUAAUGCAAAAUAAUUAUCUUUCAAGGGAACCUGCUGGCCAUUAAUGUUUAACGAAGGACAGUUGCACACCAAAACCUUUGUAGAUUUUGUGCGCUACAAUAUAGUGAUGUGUUCUUCUUCGACUGUGUCAAAGUGCCAUUCAGCAAAGAUUCUAUUGGUUUCAAAUCGCCUGUACUGGUAAUAUGAACUUUAAUUUAGAUUGUGACUGAUAUAAACUAUGUUGAAAUGAUUCAACUGAAUCGAAAUAUGUAACAUAGACUAUAGUUUUAAACUCUAAAAAUAUAUAAUUUACAUUUGUACUUUCUAUUCUCUUCAUUGUUUUAAUUUAGUAAUUCAGUUAAAUUGAGUUAAUAACAUACAAUCUUAAGCAGCGUUUAUACAAAAAGGUAUUUUUACAUUACAUUAAGUUUAUAUUGAAUAUAGCUACUUUAGACAUCAAUUGGAUGUACAUUUACAUCACAAACCAUAUCAGUACAGCUGUAUUCAGUAAGUACAUAAGGCAGUGUAAAAAGACCUUUGGAGGUGUUAGUUUACGCUCGUAGUGUAGAUUAACACCAGUUGGUGUCCACACAGCUGCAAGGUGCUUUACACCAAAACAGCGUAAAAGUAUCUUCGGAAAUGUUAUUUUACGCUCGUAGUGUAGAUUUACACGAAAUCGGUGUCCACACAGCUGCAAGCUAUUUACACCAAAUCAGUGUAAAAAUAUCUUCGGAGGUGUUAUUUUACGUUCGUAGUGUAGAUUUACACGAAAUCGGUGUCCACACAGCUGCAAGCUAUUUACACCAAACAGUGUAAAAGUAUCUUCGGAGGUGUUAUUUUACGUUCGUAGUGUAGAUUUACACGAAAUCGGUGUCCACACAGCUGCAAGCUAUUUACACCAAAACAGUGUAAAAAUAUCUUCGGAGGUGUUAUUUUACGCUCGUAGUGUAGAUUUACACCAAAUCGGUGUUCCACACAGCUGCAAGCUAUUUACACCAAAACAGUGUAAAAAUAUCUUCGGAGGUGUUAUUUUACGUUCGUAGUGUAGAUUUACACGAAAUCGGUGUCCACACAGCUGCAAGCUAUUUACACCAAAACAGUGUAAAAAUAUCUCCGGAGGUGUUAUUUUACGCUCGUAGUGUAGAUUUACACGAAAUCGGUGUCCACACAGCUGCAAGCUAUUUACACCAAAACAGUGUAAAAAUACUUUCGGAGGUGUUAUUUUACGCUCGUAGUGUAGAUUUACACCAAAUCGGUGUUCACACAGCUGCAAGCUAUUUACACCAAAAGAGUGUGAAAAGAUCUUCGGAGGUGUUAUUUUACACUCGUAGUGUAGAUUUACACCAAUUCGGUGUUCACACAGCUGCAUCUAUUUAACACUGAAAGGUGUAUUUUAACACCAAAAUGAGUGUAAGUAAACACUAAAUCGGUGUCCACACAGCUGCAAGAAUUUACACCGAUUUCGGUGUUGUGGUAACACUCCCAGAUUUACAGUGUACAAGCUGUGAAA